CCCGGCUGGCCUGGACCGUGUCGCAUUUACCCCGAGUUGGUAUGGCUGUGCCCCAAAUGAGGGCUUUCUGGAAGAAUAUGUGCGGGACAAUCUCCAAAAGCUGAUUUAUGCCCCUCCUUUUCUCUGCGGAUACAUCCCUCCUUUCUUUUAAAACUCUGUACUCUCCUCUCAAUUGCAGUCACGCUGUCGUUCUUCUGGUUAAGCGCAAUCCCUACACACAAUCAUCACCAUGGCUUCUCCCACUGUCAAGCUGAACAGCGGAUUUGACAUGCCCCUCGUGGGCUUUGGCCUCUGGAAGGUAAACAACGAGACAUGCGCGGACCAGGUUUAUGAGGCCAUCAAGGCGGGAUAUCGUCUUUUUGACGGCGCAUGCGACUACGGCAACGAAGUCGAAUGCGGUCAGGGUGUCGCCCGCGCCAUCAAGGAGGGCAUUGUCAAGCGCGAGGAACUCUUCAUUGUUUCCAAGCUGUGGAACAGUUUCCACGAGGGCGACCGCGUUGAGCCCGUCUGCCGCAAGCAGCUGGCUGACUGGGGCGUCGACUACUUCGACCUGUACAUCGUGCACUUUCCCGUUGCCCUGAAGUACGUUGACCCGGCUGUGCGCUACCCACCUGGAUGGAACUCGGAGAGCGGCAAGAUCGAAUUCAGCAACGCUACCAUCCAGGAGACCUGGACGGCGAUGGAGUCGCUGGUCGACAAGAAGCUCGCUCGCAGCAUCGGCGUUAGCAACUUCAGCGCCCAGCUGCUCAUGGACCUCCUCCGGUAUGCGCGCGUCCGUCCCGCUACCCUCCAGAUUGAACACCACCCCUACCUUACCCAGCCGCGUCUGGUCGAGUAUGCCCAGAAAGAGGGCAUCGCUGUCACUGCGUACUCGUCUUUCGGACCUCUGAGCUUCCUCGAGUUGGAGGUGAGGAAUGCCGUCGAUACCCCUCCUUUGUUCGAGCACAACACCAUUAAGAGCCUCGCCGAGAAGUAUGGCAAGACCCCGGCUCAGGUGCUACUGCGCUGGGCCACCCAGCGCGGCAUUGCUGUCAUCCCGAAGAGCAACAACCCCACCCGUCUGUCACAGAACCUGGAGGUCACUGGUUUCGAUCUGGAGAAGAGUGAGUUAGAGUCCAUCAGCUCGUUGGACAAGGGCUUGCGAUUCAAUGACCCUAUUGGAUACGGAAUGUACGUUCCUAUCUUCUAA